UGGUACGUUUCUGGCACGUUCCUGGCGUCCAUUCUCAUUCUCGUCUCAUAGGGAUUUUAGCGUUACUAUCACGCUGAGAACCCUAUGACCCGGCGGUAGUGUCGAUACGGCCGUGGCGGUCGCAGGUCGUUGUUGUGCUUGAGCGUGUCGUCGUGCUCGAGUGCGACGUGAUGCGCGAGUAAACGGCUUUCUGCUAUCUGAAGUUGAAGAUCCCCGCAGGUGCGCACAUCAUCGGGAAUCAUCAUGGAAGAAGUUUUUCAGAACGGCAACUAUCAGAGGGAGGCUAACGCCAACAUGACCGCUGUUGAGACGCGGAAAGAGGAUUGCCUGCUCGACCACAUGGAGAUCUCAAUAGUCGAGGCUGAGAAACGAGCGAAUAAAGCGCUUAAUCUAAGAGAAUUCUACACGGUAUACCUCAUUGAAACUAAAGUCACUGAUCCAGAUUUCAAAAACGCGUUGAUUAGAAUAAGUUCAUUAUGGCGACGAUAUACCGAGUUCGAAUUACUUCGUGCUUAUUUGGAAAUCUCUUAUCCUUACAUCGUAUUACCGCCAUUACCAGAGAAGAAAGUUCUCUAUGCAUGGCAAAAAGUAACAACCGACACGUUCGACCCAGAUUUUGUCGAUCGCAGAAGAGCUGGUCUCGAGAAUUUUCUCAUCAGAGUGGCGUCGCAUCCCAUAUUGUCGCGCGACGAACACUUUAUGGGAUUUCUCCAGCGGAAGGACGGCUGGAGAGAGAGUGUCAAGGAAACAGGGUACCUGCAGAUUGCAGAGUCGAAACUGAAAGCGCUUAGCGUAGCCGUGCGAUUGAGGAAGCCGGAUAAACGUUUCGAGACUAUAAAGAAUUAUGGAAUUGAGCUUCAGAAUAAUUUGUGCAAUCUCCUGCGAGUGCGCGCGCGACUCGUCGAGAAGCAACACAGUCUGUACAAGUUACAUGCGAAUUAUGGUCGCGUCUUUAGCGAAUGGAGUGCCAUAGAGAGAGAGAUGGGCGAUGGAUUGCAGAAAUCGGGACACUACUUGGACUCAUUAGCGGCUACGAUAGAUACCACUCUCGAGGAGGAAGAACUUAUAGCCGAUCAGCUGAAGGAGUGGUUGUUUGGCGCGUCUGCCUUGCAAGCUGUGGUUAAACGUAGAGAAGCUCUACAACUGGCCAAGGACGAAGCCCACGAUGCUUUAACCGCCGCGUUCGAACAGAAAGAUAAAGUCAUGCAAGGUAAAGCCGGUCUGAUGUCGCGCUUGUUCGGCUCCGUGGAUACCGAGGAGGUUCGCGAGUUGAAGAUCCUUCAGUUGGAACAGCGAAUCGCACAGCACGACGACGCUGUGAAACAAGUCGACGAAGAUUUAAAGUCUUUCUCAAUCAAAGCCAUGAUGGACAUUGAGAGAUUUCAACACCAAAAGGUCGUCGACUUGAAGGAGACUCUGGCGGCUUAUUGCGUAUUGCAAUUCAAAUUGGCCAGAAAGGGUCUCCAAGCGUGGCAGCACAUUAAGGGUUGUCUCGAGAGUAUGCCGUGAAAAGUCUCGUUGCGCUUUGCAAAAGCGCAGACUGUCGCAGAACAAUAAUCGUUUCCGCGUUUCCUUCUAUCUCUCGUGCGAAUUAUACAUUCCUGCAUUUGUAAGUUUACUCAUGCCGUAUGUACUACGCUUAUUAUCAUAUUGAUGUACAUGAUUGUUAUCAUUAUUUAAUGUCAUAUCUAGAAGAUAU